UAAAGUUUUAUUAGAGCUCAAAUAAUUUCGCGUUUCAGUCUGGUACUGAUGCAAUAAGAACAACAAAAAUCAACUUAAAUCGUAAAAGCUCGUAGCAAAAGUGUAAUUUUAGAAAACUACAAAGGAUUAUUGUAUUUGUAACAUUGGAGUGAAAACAAAAUUGUUUUUUUUUUUUUUUGUAAGAAAUUUAUUGUAUUAAAGUGAAAAUGAAAACUAUUCAGGUUAUUGCUUUGUGGUAUACAAUAGCCACAUUGGCCGCAUUUUGUUGGUCUCUACCAGUACUAGAAGCCAGUUCGGGUAUUGAUAAUGAUACCAUUGAGGAUUUGCGAGCUAGUAUUAAUGAUUCUCCUAAAAAUUUAUAUGUGGUAAAGGCUGUUGUCUAUGAAAUUGGAAUUUUAACUGAAGUGGACGACAAUGAUACUACCAGCUUUGAGAGUCAAGAACGUGUGGAUUUAACCUUCUUUGAUGCCCACACUAAUGAAAGUCACAUCGAUUUAGGCAACAUUCCCCUGCCCAUACAAACCAAUGUAAGUGGUCAAGUUUUGACCGGCAUCGCCCCCGUUAACAUUGGUGCCAUAAGCAGUGCUUCGGAAUUAUUACAAACACUUCCCCUUACGGGCAGUAUUGUUAAUAUUACGCACAGCGAUACUGCAUUCUAUAAACUAACCAAAUCAAAUGUGAGUGACGAAGAAAAACCAAGAAUUGUCAAUAUGGACGAAAUAGCCAGUAUACCUGAAGCAGCUGCAUUAUUCCCUUCGUCAGCGUCAUCAUCCUUACAGACAGAUGGUAUUGUAGCUAAUUCAGUGGAAUCUCGUUAGAAAUCACAAAGAUUUGUGUUUUUAGAGGCUAGAAAGACUGGCGCAUAUAAAAUAAAAAUAACUGUUUUUUAGUAAGCAAUUCAUUUUGUAAAAAUAACUACAUACAUAUGUAUAUUGUAGAUCAAUAUAUAAAAAUUUCAUACUCCCAUCAAUAAACAUAGCGUCACCAGAAAUGCAAAAAGGCGUAACAACACUUUUAAAAAUUUUUUAAUUUCAUUUAAUUUAAUUUAUUUCCAAAUCAACCUAGCCUAUUGGACAUAAUCGGUUACAAAUUUCUACUUAAAAAAGAAUUUAUAUAUAAAAAAUAUAAUCAUAUAACAAAUAAUUAAAAAUAAAAAAUAACUUAUUAAUAAUAAAAUAAAUUUUAAAAUAAUUUUGAAAAAAAUAUUAAAAGUUGUACCGCCAAAAUUUAAAUCCUAUCUCAAAACGCCAAAAGAUUAAUAAUGGAAGUUCAACAAAACCAGUCAAGAAAAACAAUCUACACCAAAGUAUCCCUACCAUAAAAAGUUGAAAGAACAAGAACGCACCCCUAGCUAUACAAGAUAAUUGGAAUGACUACCCAACAUACAGGAGAGACAAAAAACUAAAUAAAAUGAAUGAUAUUUUUGUUAUAAAAACGACAUUAUCUUACAUGUUUUGUAUCCCAAGAUCUAUAAACACAUUUGAAUAUAUGUAACUGUACCGUCAGACAUUGUCUAUUAUGUUGCUUUUUAGGACUUUGUUACUUGUGGAAAUGACUAAAUUUGUUGUUUCGCCCUUUUGAAUUUCACUUCAAUAAAGUCGGUAUUUUCGACAAUAGGUUUUUAAAAAUUUUUAACAACAUGUAUUUUGACGCAGUGGACCAUUUUCAAUCAAAAAGUCGAUUUUAAAUUUUUUGGUUGUUACGCCUUUUUGCAUUUCAAAUGACGAUAUGUAUGUACAGUACUUUUUCAUUAAUUAGUCAUGUAAAAAGAAAUAUCAAACACUUUGUACAUCAACGUCUAGAAAAUACACAGUGUGUAGUUUGUAAAA